UUUUGUUUUUCUUCCAUGUCCUUCGAAGAAACCAACGAUGGAGUAACGAAACCGAGCUCGCCCCUCGCUCUCGGUCUUUCCCGGUAUCAACAAUGGCGGAGGGAUCCUUCGAGAAGAAGCCGCGGCCGAUCCUCCGCCCCAUCUUCUUCCUCCUCCUCGGCCUCCACGCCCUCGCCGUAUUCCUCUUCACCCGCGGCUUCCUCCUCACCCGCACCGAGCUCUCCUCCUACAGCCACUGCCACGAUCUCCCCUCCCCGAACCCCUCCCCCUCUCCUCCUCCUCCUCCUCCUCCUCCUCCCACUCCUCGUACUCCACGAGAUCGAGAUCGGGAUCGAGAUCGAGAUCCUCCUCCUCCUCCUCGAUGCUGGACGCGCCCCGCCAUCGAUCGCCUCGUCGUCAUCGUCUUCGAUGCCCUAAGGUUCGAUUUUGUUGCUCCUAGUACAUUCUUUGAAGAGAAAAAGCCAUGGAUGGACAAGUUACGGGUGUUACAUAAGCUGGCCUCUGAUGAAGGAUCAUCUGCUAGGAUCUUUAAGGCCAUUGCCGAUCCACCGACAACUAGCCUGCAACGGCUAAAGGGUUUAACGACCGGUGGACUUCCUACUUUUAUUGACGUAGGUAACAGUUUUGGAGCUCCUGCAAUUAUUGAGGAUAAUUUGAUACAUCAGUUGGUUAAAAAUGGAAAGAGAGUGCUUAUGAUGGGGGACGAUACGUGGAUGCAGUUAUUUCCUGAACACUUUGAGGAGUCACAUCCUUACCCUUCUUUUAAUGUUAAAGAUCUUGAUACAGUUGAUAAUGGUAUCCUUGAACACUUGCUGCCUUCGCUGUACAAAGAUGACUGGGAUGUUCUUAUUGCUCAUUUCCUUGGCGUGGAUCAUGCAGGGCACAUAUUUGGUGUUGACUCAACUCCGAUGAUUAAAAAGUUGGAGCAAUAUAACAGUAUUCUAGAGAGUGUCGUUGAUGUGCUGAAGAACCUAUCUAGACCUGGUGGUCUUCACGAGAACACCUAUCUUAUUGUGAUGGGGGAUCACGGCCAAACCCUAAAUGGCGAUCAUGGUGGGGGGACUGCUGAGGAGGUUGAAACAUCACUCUUUGCAUGGAGUAUGAGGAGCCCUCCAAGUUCUAUAUCAUCUGUUCUGGAAGAAAAUAUGUGCAAACUAAAUUUGGAUGGUGAGAAAUUAUGCGUUGGCACCAUGCAACAGCUUGACUUUGCAGUAACAAUGGCGGCACUCCUUGGUGUUCCUUUUCCUUUCGGAAGCAUUGGGCGUGUUAAUCCUGAAUUAUAUGCUUUAAGUGCUGGUACAUGGGAUAGGCAAAGGACAGAUGCCGAAAAUUGUAAACUUCAGUCUGAUUUGGAAGCAUGGAUGCAAAACUAUGCAAAUGUUCUCUGCAUAAACUGCUGGCAGGUGAAAAGAUACAUUGAUCUGUAUUCUGCAACAUCAAUAAUUGGAUUUUCGGCAGAUGACCUGCACUUUGUUACAGACCUAUAUGAACGAGCACUGGCAAACUGCUCAAGUAACACAAAGGCUAGUUGUUUGUUUGGAACUGGAGUUCCAAAGGAAAUUCAGGAUUAUUCAGUGUCAGUUCUUCAGUCACAAAUUGAUGCGUAUUCUCACUUCUUAGAGAGUGUUGCCAAGCUUGCUCGCUCAGCAUGGACUGAGUUUGAUUUGUUACUCAUGGGAAUUGGUCUCGGCAUUUUGCUACUAUCCAUUAUUAUUCACAUUCUUGCAGCUACAUGGGUACAUAUUUUAUUCCAAUCGUAUCUAAAAGAACAAGGCAUUCCUGGUCUUUCUUACCGAUAUUUCCUGGCUUUUCUUUUGGUGGCAAUACGUGCAGCCAGUUUUCUAUCAAAUAGUUACAUAUUGGCUGAAGGUAGAGUGGCAAACUUUCUUUUGGGUACGACUGGUAUUAUGAAUCUGUGGCGUUCAGUGGAGAAGGGAGAUUUAAAAAAAGAUGAAUUUGCUUUUCUUUUGCUGAAUGUCAUCAUUCGGUUUGGCAUUGGAUUUGGGUUAUCAAAGCAGACUGGUGGUUCAUCAUAUUUGGUCUCUGAUUCUCUAAAGUUUGUUGGUAUCAACGAGGGUCAUCUUCGUUGGUUGGUCUUGGAGAUUUUCCCUAUUGUUUUUUUGUCCUUAUUGUUUGUCUUCCUGUUAAAGUGUAUCGCUCAUGUAGACAUGUCGAGAUACAUGAAAUACUUUACCAUAAUGGGAACAGUAUUAAGUUAUGUACUCAUAGCCACUCACUGGGCUUCAGAAAGUAUUUUGAUAUUCAUUUCUCCGGCUUUCCAAGGCAUUGGGAGAAAUUUAGCUCCCCGACUAGUUUACGCUAUUGGAUUUGGGAUUCUAGGAUUAUCUGUGCUUUCUCGGAUUCUUGACAUGAAAGAGAGGAUGACUGUAUCUGAAAGGUUAACCAAUUCCACUGUGCCAAUGCUUUCUGCUUGGAGCCCUACUAUCUUGAUUUUAUUGGGAAAACAAGGUCCAUUUGUUGCUUUUGUAUGUAUAGCAGGAGCAUGGUGUAUUAUAAGCUCAUCGAAGAAAUUUCUGAGUGGAACAAAAAGUGGGACUUUAGGAGGGUUAGCCGUUGACCCUAUUUCUGUAACACAGUGGAGCCUUUUGGCAGUUUGCUUAUUUUAUCUUACCGGCCACUGGUGCACCUUUGAUGGCCUCCGCUAUGGUGCAGCAUUUAUUGGGUUUGAUCAUUUCAACAUCAUUCGCCAAGGCAUUCUACUCUCUAUCGAUACCUUUGGUGUUUCUCACAUCCUACCUAUUCUUGGUCUUCCGUUUAUUGUCGCAUUACAAUAUCAUGAUUCUAAGAAAGGCGAGUUGAAGGACGCAAUUCUGUUGAACCUAUCACAGGUGUUUUUGAUAUAUGGUCUCAUCACAGCAAUCACCACUACAUUUACGGUUUUAUGCGCCACCAUUCAAAGACGUCACUUGAUGAUUCAUCUGUGGGGUUCCAAUUGGAGAUUCAAACCAGUCUGCACCAUCCAAUUGAAGAUUCAAACCAGUCUAUACACCUUUCAAGUAGUCCACUUCUCUCCAAAAUGACAGUCAACACAAUAAAUCUCCUAGGACUAUGCUGAAGAGGGGAGUACAUUCCGUUCACCAAACCAUACUAUCUAGUGCCGAGUAGUCGGAACCUAAAGUAAAGCUAGGCGUAGCUGUAAUUCUUUAGGAGUAGAAACAAUAGAUGUCUAGUUGUAACCUAAUCUCCACCAGCUUAUUUGACCCACUGCACCUCAUCAACCAAACACCUGCCGCUAGCCUACCAAACGAUCAGCAUCCAUCUCAGUUGGUUGUUGGAUGGUUUUGCCUGUUUUUAGUCUCACUAUGUAAGUCCGUGAGGAUAACUUAU